GCUCUUCUUUCUUCCUUUUCUCCAUUCAUCAUUCUUCUUGCCUGUUCUCAUUGGGAUUCUCUCAUCUCCCUCCUCCUCCUUCUUUCUCUUUCUCUCUCUCCCCUCUCGCUCUUUCUCUUCUCUCUUUUGUAAUUGAAAACACAGGAUCAUAAACCUAUUAACCCUCUCUCCUUCCAACCAUGUUUGUCAACAGAGUCAUGCGUCAGGCCAUCAAGGUCAACCAUGCUUUCACAUCAGCAUCUUCUCUUUCUCCAUCUCGUCAAGCUGCCAAAAUCCUUUCUACCCGCUUCUACAGCAGUACCACUCAACCUGCACCUUUGGAUGCAUCCAAGCUUCAGAUCAAUCCUUCCAAGAAUCUGAAGGCUUUGCAGGAGAACAAUCAAUUGGUUUUCGGCAAGACUUUUACAGACAACAUGUUGAUCGUUGAAUGGGAAGCUGGCAAAGGCUGGGGUACUCCUCAGAUUAAAGAAUAUGGUAAAUUGCAAUUGGAACCCUCUGCCGUGGUCUUCCAUUACUCAUUCGAAUGCUUCGAAGGCAUGAAGGCAUACAAGGAUAAGAAUGGAAAGACUCGCUUGUUCAGACCUGACUUGAACAUGGCUCGUUUCAACCGAAGUGCCCAACGUAUCGCUCUUCCUGGUUUUGACGGUGAAGAACUUACCAAGCUGAUUAAAGAGUUCUUAAAGGUGGAUGACCGUUGGAUCCCCAAGGGUCGUGGUUAUUCCUUGUAUUUGCGUCCUACCAUGAUUGGUACACAAGAGUCAUUGGGUGUGGGAGCUUCGAACAAGGCUAUGAUCUUUGUGAUUGCUUCCCCUGUGGGACCUUAUUUCCCUUCAGGCUUCAAUGCAGUCAACCUGUUGGCUACUUCUGAAAAGGUUCGUGCCUGGCCUGGUGGAACGGGUGAUGCCAAGAUCGGAGGAAACUAUGCUCCUUGCAUCAAGCCUCAAUUGGACGCCAACAAGGAAGGUUUCCAACAGAACCUUUGGUUGUUCGGACACGAUCACCAAGUCACCGAAGUUGGCACCAUGAACUGCUUUGUCUACUGGAAGAAUGAGCAAGGAGAGAACGAGCUUGUUACCCCCGAUUUGGACGGAUCCAUCUUGCCAGGAGUCACCCGUGACAGUAUUUUGUCCCUUGCCCGCCAAUGGGGUGAAUUCAAGGUUUCAGAGCGCAAGUUCACGAUGAAGGACCUUGUCAAGGCCGAUAAGGAAGGCCGUAUCAUUGAGAUGUUUGGCGCUGGUACUGCCUGCAUUGUAUGCCCUAUCAAGAAGAUUCACUACGAUGGCCAAGACAUUCAUGUGCCUCUUGAUCCUUCAGACAAGACCAGCCAAGCUGGAAAGCUUACCAAGCGCAUCAACAAUGCCAUUAUGGACAUCCAAUAUGGUGAUGUCGAGGGCCCCAAGGGCUGGUCCGUUGUUGUCUAAAAGAAAAAGGUUCAGUAUCCAUUCUGAAAUAAGAUUUACAUCGUUCAAGAUAGACAUCAUUCACCUCUGUUUCGUCUCAUUUCUCGUACAAGACAAGGUGGACACACAAAAAAAAAUAAAGAAAUGCUAUAACAGAU